AAUUUCACAGCUGUGUUGCCAAACAAAGAAAAAUUUCAUCAAUUUUUGAACAAUGGGUCGUGUUUUCUUGGAUCACAUUGGAGGCAUCAAGCUCUAUUCCUGCGGAGAAUGCAACACAAACUUGACUAACAAGUCGGAAUUGAUUUCCACGCGAUUUACGGGAGCCACAGGAAGGGCUUUUCUCUUCAAACGGGUCGUGAAUUUGACUUAUAGCAGCGUUCAGGAUCGCGUUAUGCUCACAGGACGACACAUGGUACGUGAUGUAAUGUGCAAAAAAUGCAAAGCCAAGCUCGGUUGGAUGUACGAAUUUGCCAAUGAAGACUCCCAAAAGUACAAGGAAGGGCGAGUGAUAUUGGAACAAGCGCUUAUCACUGAAUCAGAAGGCUUUCCGGAUCAACCACGGAACAGUUACGAGCAUUAA